CAAGGAAGUCGUUUUAAGGCGCCAAUUUUGUGUGGUCGUUGGUGUGUACACCCAUGGUUGAGGCUGAAAACGGUUCUCUGUGUUUUGCCCGUUUUUAAUCGGCUCUAAAAUGUCUGAAAACACCUUCCCUGUGUACACUGCGGACGCAAUAGUGAACUUUUACCGAACAGAAGUUCUCACCGGGCAAGAGGCGAAACACUUCACCAAGAGCGACCUGACUCCUGCUCCCAAGCCAGAGACAGUUCAGACGUUAUACAUGAGAGUGUUGCAUCUCCUGUAUCGUUUCAGACCCGAGUGUCACUCCAUGCUUCCACUUUUGGAGAACAUUCAGUAUCCAGUGUAUCAUGAGGGAGCUACUGCUAUCAUUAGCGUCUACAUGCGCCUGCGGCAGUUUCUGCCUAUGUGCUUCGUGUAUGAUUUUUCACUGAACGACCUUUUAGCUCCAAAAAAACAGAAGACUCUGACUAUUCUAAGUGCCAUCAUGAACUUUCUUCACUUCAGGAAGCAGAGGAUGGACGUGAUCUUGGAGAAGCAGGCCAAAUUUAGGGCAGACAUGGACCGGCUGCAGGCUUACACCAAAGGCAACUCAGAGGCAGAGAAGAAGAUUGAGAUCCUGACGACCAUCCCACCAGAGCAGCAGGCGGAGGCCGACGAGCUGGCGGCUGCUCUCUCUGAGCUGCAGGCCACUACCAUGCACGAAUACCAGGAAGUGAAUGCUAGAAAUGACAACAUCGCAGAGUGGAAAACCACCAUUGCAGAGAAGACUCAGAAACUGGCCCAGGUGAAGGUGUCCUUCAGCAACGUGAAGGAAGAAAUUGGCAAACUCAAAUCUCAGAUUGUGGAGUCCCCAGAGGAGCUGAAGAGCCAGAUGGAGAAGAUGAGGGAGAACCUGAAGAACAUCAAGCUGUCCAUCGCAGAAACAGAUGAGCGCGUGGUGGAGCUGCAGAACAUGGUGCAGGGUGUGACUCACAACCAGACUGAGAUGCAGCAGAUCUACAACCUGCUGCAGGACCUGGAGAGCAGCAUGAACACCACCAAGCAGCGGCAGGAGGAGCACCAGGAGCUGAUGGCGCAGUAUGAGAAGAAGCAGAAGGAACUGAAGAACCUGUGCAUCGAGGAAGGCCACAUGAAGCGAGCUCUGGGCAUGAAGCUGGACAAAGAGUCCAAACAGAACAUCCGCCGGCAGAAGAAGAGAGAGAUGAAGGAGCAGCACGUUCAAGAAGUGUUGGGGCAGUGUAACCAAAUCCAGCACAAGCGCGAGGAGAUGGCCGACAAAAUCCAAGAGAUCUCCAGAGAGACGCAGCAGCUGAAGGCCGAGAUCCAGAGCCUGAGAGACGUCUGCAGUAAGGAGACGGAGAAAGCUCAGGCUCUGUACGACACCCUGUUGACUUCAAUGGACAAGCUGCACACGAGAAUCGAGAUGCACGUCGUGGACCUGAAACGUGAUGUCACCAAGAUGUCUGCAAACUUUUAAACACGUCAUUUUACAUUCUAUUACUGUGUGGUGUUACUUCUGUUCUGUGUUUUUACUGUUGUACUGUGUUGCCUUUUUCACCUUUACUAUUUAAAAGCUGCAUAUUAACAAAUUGAA